GCUUCCUGGUGCGAUUAGGAGACCAGCGACGGGCAUGAGACAAAAACAAACGUGUUUAUCUGAACGAGGUUCAGUGUUGUAGGACAGAUACUAAUGAGAAAAGACUUCUGCAUCGCGCUUUUAAACUGUAGAAUUAAUUGUAUUUGCAUUAGGAGAAGUGUGUAAGUUGGUUAGAGUGAUAAUACUAGCUGAGUUGAAUUGUUUUGUCUCUUGGCCCGGUGUGUUUUGAUUCACGAGACUGGAAACAUGAAACCUCACACCCGAAACCUCUCUCUGCCUUCUGGCCUAACUGUCCUGCUGCUGGCUGUAACAUUAUGCCCAAGUUUUUCCAGCGACGUGCUGUCCACCACUUCUGCUCCAACUCCGCCAGAACCUCCCAGUAUCCCAGAGACUGGGUCCUACAAUGUCACCAACAACGGCACCGCAUGCUUGUUGGCCAGCAUGGGACUGCAGCUCAACAUUACUUACACCUCUCGAUCACAGGGCAAGGCCGUUCAGGUUAUUAUAAACUUGCAACCAAACAUGACCAAUGCCACUGGAUCUUGUGAGCCUGACACUGCAACGAUCAAACUCAUAAAUGAGAACACAAAUCUGACAUUCUUAUUUCAUUCGAAUUCUUCUACGAAUAAGUAUUAUCUUGGUGGCCUGUCGCUGUCAAUCGCCUUGCCAGACAUGACUCAGCCCUUGGUUGUCAGUAACACCAGUCUAGACUACCUUCAAGGAACUUUGGGCUACUCGUACAUGUGCCAUCAAGAGCUGAUUUUGCCUGUUGGCGAGAAAUUCUCUCUGAACACGUUCCAUCUACGGGUGCAGCCAUUCAAUGUCAGUGGACAGGAGUUUGGAGCAGCUGAAGAGUGUCAGCUGGAUAAAGAUGACAUGCUGAUCCCUAUCGCUGUGGGUGCUGCUCUUGCUGGCCUUGUUUUGGUCGUGCUUUUGGCCUACCUGAUUGGCAGGAAGAGAAGCCAUGCUGGCUACCAGACGAUUUAAACCUGCUCACAUAAGCUUUCAAGCCAGAAUAUGCAAGCAUGGCUAAUCGAUGGACCCUAGCACGUUAAAGUCACAAGUUUUUUCCUUCCCUGCUCUGACCUCUGCUAUUCUCAUGCUGCCAUUAUGCCCACUACCUGAGGUGAUCCUGUGAAUUCUGGACUUUAAGUUGUAUAAUAACUGGAAUGUAGAUUAUUAGAAAAUAUUUAAUCUGGUGCUGCUCUUGGUAUUCUUUUUGGAGUGGGUGUUACUCGGCAUGACUAAAAGGCAUACUGUAGGUCUCGAGUAAGCACAAACUAGCAGUAAAACUGACAAGAAUUUCUGCUUAUGGUGUGUACAAUGAUAUGCUAGAGUUAAUUGAAACGGGACCCUAGUGAGAGUCUCAGGCCUGUCCAUCAUAAUAAUGGAGCUCAAUAUUACAAGUAGGAGCAUUAACUAAGGAGAAUAGCUGCUAUAAAUUUGUGCUUUAUCACCUAUGACAGGCAGUACUUAACACUUCCUCUGCCCUUGACAUUAUUCAGACAGUAAGACAGACUCUGAACUCAGAGCCUUGGAAAAGCCAGACAUUAAGUUGCUAAGUUUCUAUUGAGGUCAGUCUGCAUGCUUGGUUUCUCAUACUACAGCACAACAAGUUAUUGUAAAAGUGUGGCAUUACACUGUGGUAGCCUUGAGUAAAUCAUACUGAAGCCACUGUAGUUUAUACCCAAGGCUGCAUUUACUGCACUGAGACCUUUCGCAAUACCUCUCAGACCCCAUUAUUCUCCACUUGAAGGUGCUUCAUGCAAUAGUAAACUGGUACUUUUCUUUCAAAACUGUCGUUAUUUAUAAAGCUUACAAGAAUAGCAUAAAUUUGCAGCAUGACUGAGUUCUUAUGAAUUUUUUUUUAUACAUAUAGAUGUGUUUGACAUAAUAGUUGACAUAACAUAAAAGUUCAUGUACAACAAAAUUCCCACAUUAUUAGCAAACUGUAAACCAUUUAGUGUUAAACAUCUAGACUGCUUACCCAUGUAAGAAUGUAAGAAUGUAAGAAAUCUGUGGCCACUCAAAUGAGAAUUUCUUAUAUAUUAAUAUUACACUCACAGUAUGAAAAGAAUGUUAAAUUGAUAUCAUUUUCAUACUGUGAAUAUGACUUUUUGAUAUGAACUUCAUUCUGUGUGAAGGACUAAGCAGGAUUUAUUGCUUAAGAAAGAGUGAGUGUUGCUAUUAUGAACUCUUAUACAAUGCACUGGACAUAUGCAUAUCUUAUCUGCUUCUGUUGAUGUGUUUAUGGUGUUUUUAAUUUGCAUCUUGGCCUUAAUGUGAAAGGCUUUGGAACAGUGUGUUUUGAAUGAGGACAAUGUGUUGCAAUCCAUAUCUAUCAGUAGAGAGUAUGCAUAUUUACAAAUGCAGUGACAAAUAAAAGGGAAAAAGUG